ACGUCGGAAGAUCCGGGUACUCGUUAGUAUUGCGCGCACUUAUACGGGGGUAGAUAAAAAAAGUGGUGCUUCUUUUCUUCUAGGGUAUGUGUCGCCUCCCUUGGAUGAGUUAAUAUGGGGUGCGUUUGAGCUAUUCUGUGUUGUUUUUUCAUCUUCUGUCUGUGUGUAAAACAGCUUCCGACCAAGCACUCGCCACUAAUUGGACGGGGAGCAAAUGCGUUUCACACCCGUUUCCGGUGACGAAGGUGUCGAAUGUGUUAUUUUUUAAUUGUUAGUGAUAGUUCGGAAGAAAAUUGUGGUCCAGUGGUGAAUUUGCUGCGAUGAACGCAUUCUGGAUAUCGGAAACGUUUGCAACUCCAGCGAGAGGAAAAUUUCAGCUGCUUCUAACGCAAGUCAGCAAAUCGAAAGCGAGAAAAUGCGAGUGGGCGCAGCCGAAGAAAAUUUAUGCUGGAUGAUGUGGGAUGUUGUAGGUAUCCGGUUUUAUCGUGCCCCAGUGAUUUUGUCCACUAACAGCCGAAGAUAAGAAGAAAUAGUAACAAGGUGUGUGUGGAGUGUGAGCAAAUCAGGCCCAUUGAUACAGCCGGCAGGAAAAAAAAGUUCAUUCUUCAGCGAGAAACGGAAUGGAGACAUGUUUUUUCUUAAAUUUUGUCCCAUGAUUAAAUGUUUCAGCGAUGGAUGUGUAUCUGUGUACCAGAAAAAGAUGAGUUUAUACUCAACCAUCAUCACGUAGGAUCAACCACAAUCAAAAGAACUAAACAAAUACGAUACCAUCGUUUUUCCCCUCGUUUUUCUACAUAGGAGUGUUCAAUGUGAUGUGUUUUAAAAGAACACGUGAAGAACCAUGUAGUUAACGUGAGAAACAGCGAAAUGUACUAGUAGAAAAUUCAUUCGCUCAGAUUACUGAAUAUCUCGUACGUCAAAAUAACAAGUUUUCACCUGAGCGACCCAAACUAGGUUAGAAAAGUAUCCUUCCUCCUUGGGAAGUUUUCCGACGCGUGGUGAGAUCCUAGUGAAAGCGUGAGUGAGUGAAACAAAAAAGUAAUCCGUCUCCAGCGUUGCUGUGAAAAUGACCAUCUCCGAUGAGGGAUAAACGCUUCGCCGAAAUCCGUGGGACCAACAUUAAACGCCGAGACGCGACGAUUGCGAUCUGAAACGCCUCCCAAUUUCCGUCGCCCUCUGAGACAUUUCUUGGGGAUUAUGGCCGAUCUGCAGGCAACGAUUGAGUUUGCGGUCGAGCUGUAUAAGUUCUACAACGUGGAUCUGUUCCAGCGAGGAUUAUAUCAAGUCCGAUGUUCACUGAGGGUAUCGCCGCGACUGCCGGUACAGGUGGAGACAUGUCUGCCGGAUUCCACGACCACCGGAGUGCCUUCAGCCGCCACCGGUGGUGCUUCAGCUUCGUCCAACAGUGUUGUUUCCGGAUCGGCAACAGGAUCCAGCAGCAUCAAUAAUAAUGCUCCAGGAUCCGCCUCGAGUAGUGCCAACACACCCAACUCCACUAAUUCCUCGUCCGGUUGCAAUGCGGGCACGGCAAGCAGUACCAGUGUCAACACGAGCACCAACGCCCAGGGCUCCGAUGGUUCACCAUCCGCGGGAACAUUUGGCUCUGCCACGACCAUCAUCGAUGAUUGUGGCGCGUCGCGUACAUUCCAAAUCCUCUAUCGCAACGAAGAAGUAUCGCUGCGUGAUGUGAUUAUGUUUCGAGCACAUUUACUAGUGGACAGUCGACAUCUGAAGGAAUCUAUCGAGCGAGCGGAAUUUUCGCUCAAUCUCGAGCUCUGGUUUGGCGAGCAGACGAACGGAAAUGUGCUGACCCUGGCGUCGACACGGACUCUGCAGCUCAACUUUCACCCGGGUCGAGGGCUGCACUAUCAUCUGCCGGUGCUGUUCGACUACUUUCAUCUGGCGGCUGUGAGCGUGGGAAUCCACGCCAGUCUGGUGGCACUUCAUCAGCCCUACAUCAACGCGCCAAAAUCCACGAAACCAUGGAUUGCCAGCUCCAAGCUCAACUGUCGUGGGGGAAACUCCCCUGGCCCACUGGAAGCAAUAUUCUUUGGACCACAAAUUGGCAGCGGAGCCAAGUGCGGUGGCGGCUCGGCCAGUCGUCUGCUACAUGCGCGUAAUAUACAUAAGGAAAUAUGUGCCUUACUGCUGGGAGCACUGGAAUCGCUGCGAUUAUCCUUGCAGGAAUUUUGUACCGUACUACCGCCCCAGUGGGCCGCCAUGACCGGAUCGACACCACUCUCCAAUCUGGACACCGAGCAAAGACUGAAAAAGUUGGCUGACUCAGCAAAGCUUAUGGAUACUGAGGACGAUCUCGCUGCACGUGCCAACUCCGAUAUAGCCCAGCUAUGCGCCGAAUGUAUUCUCUACUGGAGACGUGUGUUAUCGGCGGCAAACCAACCACCGGUACACAGCUUACUUGCCAAGAAACAUCACACCCUCCGAGUGAGACGUUUUGCGGAAGGAUUUUUUGUAAUCGAAAACCCACGGCAUUCGGCCAGUGGUUGCUAUGACUCCAACUACCAAAACUAUGUGCAAAUCUGUGAAAUGGCCCGGAGAUCGAGAUAUCUGUCAUCAUUGCCGCCACUACCGGUUCACUGCACUCCACUGGAUGGCGAUGCCAACUCACUGCCUCUAAUCUUCGAAGACCGCUACACGGACGCAAAUGAUUAUGGCAAACGAAGGUCGGGAAGUGAACCCCAGCUCAAUGGUUACAGUGGAACGAUCGGGAAAAUCAAAACCAGUCAUCCCAAUCCAAGUAAGAUUGCUCCGAUUAUGGGCGCCAAGGAAUGUUCCUGUGGGAUAGCCACAUGUUAUGUUGAACCUAUCCCUAAAAUGUGCAAUAAUUACAUGGGUUUGAUGACUACACGAUACGCUCUUGGGGGAGACAUUCUGCAAGCUAGUCUAACGAUAACUCCGGCUGCUGCCAUUCCUCAGAACGGUCUAUGCACUAAAGGUCUCUCCCGUCAUUCAGUGUCCACACUCGUUGAACCAGAAUGUCAAUGGGGACAGUUCAAAGCCAUUUCUAUGCCGCGAUCUACCGUCAGCAGUGGUACGCUUCCAACGCGUCACAGUAAGUCACUUGAUCAGCUGGAAGUUCAAAACAAUACAUCGUCCUUACCACGUCAACACGUCCAUAAUGUCAAUUACAAUUACAACAACCAGAAGCAAAUUAUAUAUCACCAACCCGGCAACGCAAUUAUUCAAACUGUUCCUACCAAACCCAAGAAGAAUGUUGUCCAGGCUGAGGAUCUUCUGAAAAAUAUUAACGAAUUCAGAGAGAAAUACAAAAACCCCGGUGAUCCUCGAAAACCGAAUAGCCAUAAUAAUUCCAACAGCACUGGAAUCUACGCAAUGAAGGAUACAAGCUGUCCAGUGACGAAGAACCAGAUUCCAAGCGCUGUGCAAACCCUUAAUCGCAUGCCGAAACAGGUGAACGGUUACGGCAGAGUCAAAUCCGACUACGAUCUGGAUAUAAAUCCCUACACACAACCCCACAUGAAUCGCGAUACCAAUAAACAUCUUUCGAAAACCGCCUGCUAUUACAAUUCAUUACCCAAGAACGCUGGUAUGGGUCUCUCGAUACCUCCACGAAAUUCCUAUCCACCGAUCCGCAGUAAAAAGCAGCAAUCAACUGGAGCGCUUAAUAGCAAAGCUGACUCUAACACCAUUCCACGGAGUAACUCAUCGCAAAUGUUGCGUGUUCAAAAUGGAACAUCCCAACCCAACAGCAACACGCUGCCGCACCGAACUGUCGAGUUUGCCCGAAUCCGAGUGGCGGAUUUCAAGCAAAUAGUCAACAACCAGCGAAGGAACAGUAAAGGCACUAACGGUACCAAUGAGUCCAGCAGUACAGACAGUCGUGAGGUUACUCCGAAGACGCGUAGUAAACAGAGAAGGCUACUUUCAUCCGCAAGUGUACCGUUCAAACUGGAGAACUUGGAAUUGGAGCAAGCUGGUGGAGCGCCGGGGUUCAGCGAAAGCCUACCAAAUUUGGCACCUCCUCCGGCGUUUAGUAAUUCCCCACUACCACCCUUGCGACUGAGACGGAGACAUUCCAGCAGCGAGUCAACCUCUUCACUCAGUGAACAAUCCGGAUGGGUGUCCAGCAGAAGGAGUACAGGUCCAUCUAGCCCAGAUACGUUGCAAAAUGACAACAGAGUCGUGAACGGCGAUCAAUUGCGGAAGAAACUCCUGAAGCUGUUGAACGAGCAACCCCGGUUGAUGAACCGUAAGAACAGCAAUCAAUCGGGCGGCAAUGAUUUCUUGGUCAGAAGUAAUCAGAGUUCGAUGAAGUCUAAACCCAACAAUGACAACAUCAAAGGUUCCGUACAGAUCGAAAAUUGGAACAAUCUGGAAAAAGAAUGGAACGAGCCGCGAUCGAUUCAGAAAGGAAGCGAUGCCAAGAAAAACAGCCAACCCUUCAAAAUGGAUACUCAUCCACCGAAACGCAGUACGAAGAAGGAGAAAUCUAAAUCCGACUUCGAUCUGGCUCAUAUCUCUGACUAUGCGUUCGAGGAUCUUCAUCUGCUUCCUCCACAGCAAUUCCGAGAUGCUCCACCUCCACCGGAUGAGUUCCGAGAUCCUCCCUCGUUGGUUGAGGAUACGGCGAAGGAAAAUCCACCACAAGAUAAAGAACCUGCGCCGAAAAAUCCAUUGCUGGCGCAUUCACCACCAAAACAAAAGUACCAACCACAAAAAUCACUACAAUUACAAUUGCACCAGCAACAACAACCUUCGGUUCCAUUAAUUCUGCAACCACAAGCACUUCCCUCGAUGGUCAUCCAGCAGCAACAAAUCGUACCCGCAUCCCAACAGUUCCAAAUUCCACCAGUCCAGCAACAGAUCAUCCAACAACCGCAAUACAGUAAACCAAUACAGCAAUCGAUUCCUCAGCAGCACAUCAUCAAGAAGUAUGAAGUUCAGGCCAUCGAUAACCCCUUGUACCACAUUUACGAAGUGGUUAAAGCGCCACGCCCGGUACUAAAAUCGCAAAGUUCCAGUGAACUCGCCGCUAUCGCAAAGUGUGCCGAAACUUUGAACAACCCGAACGCAACCAUCAGCACGGCGAAUCAAAACGGUACUCACCACGUGCAAAGUCAUCCAAUUCCUCCGGAACGAAAGUCAUCGAUGCGAGAGCUCGAACGCACGCAGCAAAAACAGGACGAGGAAGACACCAAGCGCCGAAUCGAUCCCCCGAUGCAACUGUUGGAAUUCGAGAAGUGUCGCGAAGAAUUCCGCAAGCAAAUCAGCUACUCGGGUUCGAUUUAUUCCGACUUCCAGAAGCUUGCCUCGGAGAUGCCUUACUUCCACAUCAGUGACGAGUUCAGACCAUUCUCCUCCAGCGGACUCCACUUGGUGAUCUGCGUUCAUGGACUCGAUGGGAACUCCGCUGAUUUGCGACUUGUUCGAACGUAUCUGGAACUAGGCCUGCCGGGGGCCCAUCUGGAGUUUCUCAUGUCCGAACGCAACCAAGGUGAUACGUUUUCGGACUUCGAAACGAUGACCGAUCGGCUGGUGGCGGAGGUUCUGUACCACAUCGAAACCUAUCAGCUGAACCCCACCAGGAUAUCUUUUGUGGCCCACUCGUUGGGUACGAUCAUAGUUCGGUCCGCACUAAGCCGUCCCCAAAUGCGACCGCUACUGACAAGACUGUACACGUUCCUGUCACUGUCAGGUCCACACCUGGGAACGUUGUACAACUCAAGUGGAUUAGUUAACAUGGGAAUGUGGUUCAUGCAGAAGUGGAAAAAAAGUGGAUCACUUCUGCAGCUCUGUUUGCGAGAUGCACCCGAUCCGAGGCAGAGCUUCCUCUACCGGUUGAGCCAACGAAGUACUCUACACCAUUUCAAGAACGUUCUACUCUGUGGGUCCUCUCAGGACCGUUACGUUCCGCCCCAUUCCGCCAGGUUGGAGCUCUGCAAGGCAGCCAUCAGAGACCAGUCAAACCUGGGCGUAGUUUAUCGCGAAAUGGUACACAACAUAAUUGCACCGAUGAUAGCCCGACCAGACUUAACGCUGGCUCGUUUCGAUGUUCAUCAUGCUCUGCCCCAUACAGCCAACGCCCUGAUUGGACGCGCGGCUCACAUUGCCGUGCUCGAUUCGGAACUGUUCAUCGAGAAAUUUUUACUGGUGGCGGGUUUAAAAUAUUUUAGCUAGCUGAUUGAAGCCCCAAAACCGAACGAAUUCAAUCCGUUCAGCGGGAUGGGAUGGAAGGGUGUAAUCACAUCUGUAAUGCUCUAAACUAUUAAUGUUUGACAGCAUAGCAAAUGAUUUGAAUGUACUACAUGAUACUAAGCUAUUGUAAUAGAUUCGGACUAAAUAGGAAACACCACUGUAGAGUUUACUUUUCAUAAAUUCAAACAGUGCAGAAGUAGGUUCAAUAUUAACGAUACUAAAUUAGAAACGACUGACUCAGCGCCUAAGUUCCGAAUUGUUUUCUAUAUCUUGAACCCUUUACUCAUGGAACAAAGUAAUACGCAAAAAACAAUUGGUACAGGGAAAACAAAAUUGUAUGUUAUGUGUAUGUUAACUGUUUGUUUAGAACCAAUCGUAGAGUUUAUUUAAUAUAUGAAACUACUCUUCACUGCCGGUUGUUGAUUGAAUCAUUAUCAUUUGUGUAAAAAAAAGCUAAUUUAACCGUCGCUUUUACCUCCUAUUUUUUUGUAGAUCUUUAUCUGUGUUAGUAAGUAAUCUAAUGAUCAAAUAUAUGUUAUGAACGAGACUGAUUUAAUCUAAACAAUAAAUGUAAACACGUAACACAAACGUAACGUAUCUGUAACGCUGAUGUAAUAUUACACCAUCUUCUCUGAGGAAUCAAAACAUUCAGAAUCAACAAUAUGAUAUUCACAAGAAAUGAUAUGAGAAAAAUAAAAUUUUAUGACGAUAGCUAGAACAAUAAUUUUAAGUGCAAGUACAGGGAUAAAUGUCAGGCUGUUAAUUGUCCCCAAGAUUAACGUGGAGCUAGAAAAAUGUGAAGAAGCACAUUGACCAAAGAAGACAGAACACAUGAGAAAGUAGAGAACGAUUGCCACAUGGAAAGUAAAACAUUAAUUUCAAUCGAGGGUUAACCAUAUCUGAAGGAAACAUUCGCGCGGGUUAACGAAUUAGGUUGCGUUUGUACAGAGUUUCGAACAGUCAUCACGAUAGUACUGAUCAUUCUAUGUUCCUAGACAGCUUUCCUAUGCCCGAGGCUUUUGAAUUAUUAGUUGAAUCGUGUUAUCAAUUCACAGAAUUUCUAUCAUCAGAAAUAUUAAAAUCCGUAAUGAUCAGAAUACAACCAAAUUAGUGAGAAAGGUUCUGUCGUAGAACUACGUCUAUCUUUAACAGAGGCAAAUAAAAAAACAUGUCACUUUUUUCUGAAAUAGUUUUUACAUAACAUAAUAAUUUUUGCUUGGAGCGGAACUUUAUGAUUAGCAUACCAAUUUUAUUUUGCAUACAAUAAUUAUACAUCCCAUUGGGACUAAAUCUUCUUCACAACGUUUCGGCAAUAAACCCGAGACAUGGCUGCAGUUUUCCAACCCCAGAGCCACCUAUGCUUCCCAAAUCUUGCUCCAACCACCUCGCUCGUUUGGCUAUUCUUCUUGUUCCCACCGGAUUCGAUGCGAAUACCAUCAUUGCGGCACUGCUUUCCCAGAAUUCUAAUAGGCAUAGUCAUAGUCAACUGAGGAUAGUCAGCUGACUAUCUGACUGACUAUAUCCGUAUUCAGUUAGCAAUGUCUUUUGGCUUCUUCACGCAGUUUCUGCGCCAAAAGGACUGAACAGUCAGUCGGGCGUUUAAUCGCUAACUCCCUCUACCGACUCGACUAUAUCAUAUCAUUCUUCCCAGUCAAAUUGUCCUCAUUGCAUUUCAAGUGACUUCUCCCAAAACGAAUUCGUUCCUCUCUUUCUCUCUCCCAUGUACGUGUGCGUGCAUCGAUAUUCGAGUUCAACGUGGUUUAACAUACGCUACAGGUGAGCUAGAUUAUUUUGUAUCGUACACAAAAAUUACUCACACAUAUAAAAUAACGUGCAGUGUGUGUGCGCUAUUUUGCACGCUAUUUACUAAUACUAACGCGAGUACCUUUAUAGCAUUCUUGAUUAAUGUUCGUUGGUUUGAAUUCACGAUGGGUAGACAAUGAACCGUCCAUUGAUGGGGUAACUUCUUUUUUUGCAUCAGAAAUAAUGUUUUCGUUCCUCUUUAUAUGGACGUAAAAAUAAGAUUGCGUACGCGGGUAUAAAUUUAGUAUCAGGGGGAAAUGGAAGUGUGGACUGAAGUCAGUUGAAUGAAGAGGCAGAUUUGUAUUCAUUAGUCGAGUCAGUUAAAAAAUAACCACUGAUUGGACUAGUUCACCGGUCAUCCUCGCUAAUCAACGCUGGUCAAUUCAUUUUCUAGUCAAGUCACUUUUUGUUGUGGGCGACUGCUGAAGCAGUUCUAGUCGAAGCGAAGCUACGGAGAGUAGAGUCGGUCUUCAUUUUUCACCUUCGAAGAUUUCGGGCCCUGAUUCUAACAACUUAUCACGCCCGUCGCACUCCUCGAGCCUUGGCGACUUAUUGGAUGCUGAGUUCGCCGUAGAGUCGUGGAUGUUCGUGAUUCAUUCUCCUUCUCUAUACUUUUUUCCCCUGUACUCCACCGUAUGUUGUUCUGAGCACUCAGAGUUUGAAAACACCUAGUGCUUGCACGACCUCUUCGAGCAACGUCCAUGCUUCGUGCCCGUAAAUAACAACUGGUCAAACCAGUGAUUUGCACAUGAUACACUUCGUACGGGGUCGGAGUUUCUUUGACCUCUAGGAUUUUCGGAGCCCUGAGCGCACUCACCUGACCUGUCGAUGUUGCACUGUCUCCGAUGUCACCGCUGUCGUGGCACACAUCCAACGCUAGUGGGUAUCUUAAUUGUCACUAGUUUCUUUACCGGUAACAAUAACUAUGGCACUACUUUACUUCUCUUCUGUGGCAUUUCUCUAUAUGAUUCCUUCACAACAUCACGUUCCGCGUAUUCUAUUCGGCGAACGUUCAAUCCCUUUGGCAACUCCAAACGAACGCAGGUCAGCGAAAUCACUUUCACGAUCGCGAAUAAUUCUAUCGCCUGUGAACGGUGCGCGAAACCGAGAAAACUCGCGAUCUCCACUCCACACACUACUGAGCAAUGUCACGACCAAAACAAUUCAAUCCGCAUACGCAAACAAAGUCAAAACUUCAAAAUUCUGCGAUUAUCUUAAUCCUCAAAUCCUCAAAACGACGACGUGCACACUCUUCACUAGUUGUUUCCAGACUCCUAAUCCAUGUCUCUAUUGACUCAUACCGACCGAUCGAAAUUGAAGUUCCCAUACCGUAAUCUCUCGCGCUCUUACUCGCCGUCAUCCAACUCCUCCAUCAAAACUCUCUCCCACCUUCUGCUAUUUCGCUCUUCACACAACAAUUGUGCCAUGCAGCGUUGCCAAUAUUCCCGUUUAAACUGGAUUCUUCCAGUUUUUUUUCCUCGAUCCAGUCUAACAGUUAAACCUCGUACGUGAUUCACUUUUCAUCACCAGUCACCAUCUUCUUCAAAAAUGGGUACAUCCAGUUUUUUUUUUAAUCCAAUCUUCUGCAAACGAUUCCAAACGGUUUUAUGGUUUAUACCCAGUUCCUGGCCAAUCGAGCGAGUGCUCACAUGCCGGUCUACUUGGAUGAUUUCAACGAUUUUAUCCACGGUUUCCACGACGAUUGGCCUACCAGUACGGGGUGUAUCUUCGACAGCCACUACACCAGAACGAAAUCGAUCAAACCAACGCUGUGCUGUGCGAAUCGUUACAGUAUCGGGUCCAUAAACUACACGAAUUUUUUCGGCACAGAUUGUCGUCUUUAAAAAGCCGUAUAGUAUGACCCGAUGCGAUAAGUACAAUACAAGAUAUGUUUGAGUGUUGCCAUAUAUUGACAAUAUACGACAUUUCUUUUCCCCAACCCAAUAUUAUCCCUCCCUCACCCUUUCUAUUCCUUAACCAAUUUCGUUUUUUGACAUUAAUCGUUCGAUCGAUCGAAGGUGUAUUGGCCUUGGAUCGAUCUUUCUUUUCUUACACACUCUCAGUGUUAUUUUCCUCCUGCUUACACUUCCGAAUUCAAUACGGUUAGUGCGCAGAGCGUGUGGUGCCUACCCAAGCAGCAACGUUCUAUAUCGUCUUCGAGUUUAUAUACAUAUUAUAUGUUCUAGGUCCUCCAAAACAUGCUGAAGUACAGACCAAUUGAUCUACCAUUUCAACAACGACUGGUGCAAUGUUCACAACAAGAAAUCUAACCCUAAAUGGUUCAUAGAGCCUGCGUGCUAUGCUGACUUUGAGUUUAUAUUAGGCUGUCAAAAAAGUCCUGCGGUAUUUUUUUUUGAAUUUUCAUUUGUUCAUAAAAUUAGUUACAAUCAUCUGUUUUAAGUCAAAUAUGCGCCGUUUUGUUCGAUGACUUGUUCCCAACGAGAUGCCAACUUCAUAAUACCCCUGUUAUAGAAGCUCGCUUCCUUAUUAUCAAAAAACUCGGAUAGCCAAUUUUCACAGGCCUCUUUUGUGGCUAACUUCUGACUACCUAGCUCGUUCGCCAUGGACAAAAACAGUCGGUAGUCACUUGGUGCAAGGUCCGGACUAUACGGCGGAUGCAAAAGAACCUCCCAUCCGAGCUCCCGGAGCUUCUGGCGCGUCACCAAAGAAGUGUGUGGCCUGGCGUUGUCCUGAUGGAAGACAAUGCGGCCUAUGUUUAUCAAAGAUGGCCUCUUCUUCAUGAGUGCUACCUUCAAGCGUGCCAGUUGUUGGCAGUACAGGUCCGAAUUGAGCGUUUGGCCAUAGGGAAGCAGCUCAUAAUAGAUUAUUCCUUGACAAUCCCACCAAACACACAGCAGAAUCUUCCUGGCCGUUAAUGAGGGCUUGGCCACCGUCUGAGCCGCUUCAGCGGGCUUCGACCACGACCGUUUGCGCUUCACGUUGUCGUAAGUGACCCACUUUUCAUCGCCAGUCACCAUCCGCUUCGGAAACGGGUCGAUUUUGUUGCGAUUCAGCAGCGAUUCACAUGCGUCGAUACGGUCAAAGAUGUUUUUUUUUGCGUCAACGUGUGUGGCACCCAUACAUCGAGCUUCUUUGUGAAUCCAAGCUUCUUCAAAUGGUUAAUAACGGUUUGAUGACUUAUCCCCAGCUCUUGGCCGAUGCUACGGCUGCUACUAUGCCGGUCUUUCUCGGCUAAUUCAGCGAUUUUGUCGCAAUUUUCGACGACAGGCCUUCCGGAGCGUGGCGCAUCUUCGACGACCUCUACACCAGAACGAAAACGUUGAAACCAUCGUUGUGCGGUAGAAAUGGAAACUGUAUCGGGUCCAUAAACUGCACAAAUUUCAUUGGCAGCUUGAGAUGCAUUUUUGCCUUUGUCAUAGUAGUACUGUAAAAUAUGUCGGAUUUUCUCUUUAUUUUUCUCCAUAUUUGCAACACUAUAACUCACGAACGACUUAACCAAACAAAACACUGUCAAGGACUAUAAAAUACCUUUCCAACAAGCUAUAGUAUACAAUGAAUACAACUAGAACUACGCGCUUACAACGACACCUCGCGGAAAUACCGCAGGACUUUUUUGACAGCCUAAUAUAAAUAGUAUAUGUUAUAGAUCAUCCAAUUCAUUCUGAAGUUUAGAAGGUCAUUGGACCAAUGUGCUCCAUUGACUUUAAUUGAUAUGAAUAUUAAACCCAAGUAAUCUUGCUCCCGUUUACAUCCGUUUACAUCAAUCAACCCUUCAACGAAAUGAAAAUCCGAAAAUCUCAUGUGUCACAACAUGCGGCAAAGAUUAUUUUAGGUAACCUAAAAAGGAAAACCUGUACAAUUAAUUAGACCGGCUGUAUAUUCUAUUAUUUAUCGCAUCUUUCUCAAUCGAAAUCCAUUCUCACAGUUAAAACCUGAGAAGGUAUCCGUGAGCACACGAGAACACGAAGGAACAACACAAAAGGAUCAGCCUACCGUACUAUCCCAAAAUAACCAACGCAGUCCAGUCUACACUCCGGAAACACGGAUUUCAUGUGGUGUACAAAAGUGAGAGCACCCUGAAAGACCUUUUGUGCAACCUGAAAGAUAGAAUUCCACCGGAUGAAAAAGCAGGGAUCUAUCAGAUUCCCUGCAAAGACUGUACAAGUGUAUACAUCGGCCAAACUCGUCGGAAAUUCAAAAUCCGCCUACGUGAACAUAAGAAUGCGGUGGAUAAUGAACGAGCCAACGAAUCAAGUGUGGCAGCACAUGCUUUAACUCAAGCCCACUGUGUAGACUGGGAGAAGGCAAAAAUUAUUAGAAAUGUACGAAAAGCCUCACAGUUGAAUGCAUGGGAAUCAGUGUACAUCUCAACCAGCGAUUCCCCACUUAUGAAUGAAGAAGAUGCACCAAUAUCAUCUCAACUCUUCCAUCUGACGAAGCUGAUAGCUCAGCAAAAUAUAUCUUCGACAAGUACUGAUAACCAUAUGAAUAUGUGUUAGUGCUCCAUCGUAACCAGUCGGACACCGUCCAGUAGAUGGGCAACAUCGAGCCCGAAACCGGUCGACGAAAAAGGUAAUUUUAACCCUUGUAAGGAUUAUAAGUGUUGUGUCCUAGUUCCGUGUCGCGUCUCGUGAGUGAAUAGUGAUAAAUGUCCUUACGAUAGCACAACCAAAAAUAAGAGUAUCCGAGAGAACUUCUCUAAAAUCAGUCGUCCCGGCGAUACGUUAAUCAUAGCUUUAUAGAACUCCAUUCGCGACGGCGGAGAGUUAUCUUUGGAAAACCUGAAAAGAUAACCGGAAGAACACUAACAUCAAUCGGACCGGCGUUAUAUUCCGUUAUUCAUCCAUAAUAUAGAUUCUAUAUUGAACUUCCAUCUCGAAGGGACACAGUUAUCUUUCAAAAGCCUGAGAAGCCGAGAGAACUCCUCUAGAAACAAUCGUCACGGAGUUAUGUUCCAUUAUGCGUAAGCUUCAUAGAAAUUAUAUCGCGACAGAAGAGUGUUAUCUUUAGGUAACCUGAGAAGGUUACCGAGAGAAAUCCUCUGAAACCAAUAGAAGUUCCUCGAAUAUUGUUUCACAGUAAUGUUCGAGUGGUGGGAAACGUUAUUUUGAUCUGCUCGAAUGGUUGAUUAAUGGCUCAUUUCGCUAUUUUAUGAACAACAUGUGAACAUUACACGAAGCUUCGAAAUAAAUUCUAUUUCUCAAGCACUGGAAUAGACAAAAAAAAUGUUUUGAAUAACUCAAAGUCGAACUUCUUAAAAUAAAACGAUUUUUCAGAAUCCAGUUUUCCCCAGUUUUUUUAGGAGCAAUUAUUAUUGGCAACUCUGGUGCCAUGUGCGAUUAUAGCAUGAGAAUUGUUGACAUGUUGCGUGUUUGUGUUGGUGCGCCUAUUCCACUACAUAUAGGGCGCUUGCAGCGUGCAUAUGUAUUAGUAAUCUGUUGGGCAGGCAAAAGUGAUCGCUGCAUAGGAUUUAUAUGGAUCGACAUGAUUGAGCUUUGUUUAAAUAAUUAUUUAAGCGAAAUAGUUAUAAACAUUACGCGAUACUCUUUAUUAAUAACAUGCCAAUAUAUGCUUCUUUACAUAAUCAUAUUUACUUUUAGCGUCAAAGCCAUGUACACCUAGAAAAAUAGAUAUUUCUGUUAUGGCUAUGACCAUAUCAAUGAAAGCAGACUGACUAUUCAAAAAGUUUCACAGAAACAGUGCAAACUGCACAUUGCGAUUGCUUAGCCGGAUUAGGUGAAGUGUGUUCCCAUUUGAGCUUUGGGCUUUUUGCCCUGGAAUGCUAUUCUCGUGAAGAAGUGAACUAUAAUGAACUUUAGUGUGCAUGUACAGUGACUCAAACCCGUAAUCGUAUUCCACCAUGAUCUCUUUUCCCUUCUUUUGAAAGUCGAAAACAAGUUUUCGGAACCUUCUAUUUAAAUAAAGUCAUAGUUUCAUAUGAGAGUUAAAAAGUUUGCUAUCUGUUUUCAGAAUAAUGGUUUUUAUUUCUCUACAAAUGACGAAUGUAUGUGCGAAUGUAUGAAAAUUGAAUUUCCGAAUUCCAUCAUUAGUAUGGUAUCUCUUGUUCAUUAUAACUAUCUUCAGCUGUCUUUGGCUUUAUCUAUGUAUUUUUUGGUAUAUUCGGAAGAAGGAGUUAUCAUUUUUUUCAUCAAGUGGUUUUUAAAAUCGUUAAUCUUAGAAAUUUAAUGGUUUCUAAAUUUCCUACACAGAUAACUUCUUCAGGUUUUUACUGAGAUUGAUGUCGGAAGAUUGUGGAGGAAUAUCAAUAGCUUUUGAGUAAUUGUAAUGCAACCAUGUGCGAACUUUAUAUGUCUUGAGAUCUGGGUCAUUGUCUUGGCAAUACUUGAAUCCUCGAUUCCAUCCCAUUUUGUUGACACUUUGCUCCAUAUUUACCUUCAGGAUGUUCAAGUAAACAUUCUGAUCCAAUAUACCAUUCAUUCCUUCCUUUUUCACAUGUUGUUGCUUCAACAGUUUGUAAACGAGCGGUUGGUUACACGGAAAUAACAUACGGAAAUGGGGAAUCAAGCCUUAUUACUGAGGCCAACAGUUUAUUGAACCAGUAUUGCAAUAUGCGAACUUUCUCGCGCUGGUCCAAGGAACUGGAGUCUCGCCGAAAUCCAAGUCGAUGACCAUAUUAGAAGCAAGUUUAAAGCUGGUGAUAAAUACAUCGCUCUACCAAAAUCGGUUUCAGAAUGGCUGCAUAGGAGGUACAGCGGACAUUGUAUUCGCUAUACGGAUGGCUCGAAAAGUUCCGCUGCGGUAGGCAUCGGUAUAUCGGUUCCAAACCUCAGCGCUUCUUAUUGUCUGCCCGAGUCAUGCUCAAUAAUCACCGCCGAUGACAUAGCAAUCUUCAUAGCAGCCACCACAGCGUCAGAAAAAUCACUUCUGAUCUGAUUCAGAAGGGCAUUAUCACUGCCCUUCCCUCUCCACGUUCACGCCACCCGUGGAUCCAAGCCAUACAGGAUAGCGCCUUACCCAAAACUGUUUUCGCAUGGAUACCAGACCACUGCGGCAUCCUCGGAAACGAAAAAGCGGAUCAUUUAGCAACUUCUGGGACAAAAGGAAAUCAGCAUACAGACAAAGUCCCAGGUCAGAUCGUGGCUGAAUUCGAUUUUCCGCAACUCUUGGUCAACUAUUUGGUACAGUAAACAUUCACUAACUGGGCGAAAAGAGAAGACCACUUAUCGACAUUCGCGUUUUAACUGGUCCGGCAUGUUAAACGUCAAAUAAAAUCGAGGGAUACUUCAAUGAAUUGUUUGAUUCGCUUAGUUCCUGUAAUUGGAUAAAUAAAAGGAUUCCAAUGGAAGUUUCGCAUUGAGUGCGACAACAGGUAUGACAUAUGAUUUGAGAAAAUUGUUUUUCUGUAGUUUAAUCAAUGUUUUUGUCGUGCGAAAAUAAUGUCAACUUUCAUAACAUUUAAAAUUACAUUCGAAUGCCCCUCACAGCAAAUCUUCCAUUUGAAUAUGGCGUCGAUUGUUUACGAAAUUGUGCUUUUUAACUGGUCCAAGGACCAGUUAACGUUCGCCCAGUUAAAUAGCAGACCAGUUAAACCAGGACCAGUUAGCGAACGAUUACUGUAUAACCGAACGGCAUUUUUUUGCGCAAAAUUAAAAGUUGCAUCAACAGAUGGGAAGAUCUUCCAAACUUUAAAGAGCAAAAAAUAAUAACCCGUCUUCGCACUGGCCACUCCAAGAUUUCACACAACAUGGAGGCGGAAUCUUCCAUGUAGACUGCGAUUUGUGUCAAGUGCGAUUGUCCGUCGAGCAUUUUCUAUGCGUUUGCCCCAAGUAUGAGAACCUCCGAGACAAAUACCGAAUAUCAAGCAGCAUCCGCGAUGUACUCCAAGAUGAUAAAUAAUACAUUAAUCUGCUUCCUCAAGGACGCAGUUCUCUUCCACCACAUCUGAAAUAGCCGGGAAAAGAUGUUAGAAGCAUGAACAGACAACGUUACACACAAUUAAUAGAACCAACACUGUAAGAAUAAAGCGAUGAACCAGCCCACGGCUGAAAAUCUCUAUAAUAAAGUAAAUAAAAAAAAAGUUAUCAACACGCCAAGGUUGAAAAAUUCCUCUCUCAACUCGAGCUCGUCGCCGUCGAUCACAACACUACUGCCGGGAAGAAUUCUGUUACGAUCAGUCCCUGCUGCUAGCAUGUAUUUAAUCUUAGACGCAUUGAUCCCAAGCCCAACCAGUCCUGCUUCGUGUUUCAGUCGAGUAUACAAAUCCGCUAUCGUCGCAUGUGUUCUUCCGAUUAUGUCUACGUAUAUAAACUGAUAACGUGAUAUAAACUGAUAAACUCGUCUACGCAUAUAAACUGACUAGGCUUGUUGAAAAUCGCGCAUGUUGAAGCCCGCUCUCCGCACAACACCUUCCAGCGCCACGUUGAAGAGCAGACAGGAGAAUUCAUCGUCUCGUCGAAAUGCCUUGUGAGUCUCAAACGAUUCCGGCAAAUCGCCUGAGAUCCGCACAAUGAACCGCACAUCGAUCAUCGUUGCUUGAAUCGGUCUUGUCAGCUAUCGAGGAAUGCCGUUUUCGUCAAUGAUUCUCCAUAGGGGUCGUCGAUCGAUUGUAUCAUAUGCGGCAUACACUCUACAAAUGUUCCCAGACCUCCCUUGAAGAGCUCCGCUGCGAGGCCAUCCUUACCAAUUACUUUGUGGUUCUUUGACUAAAUCAUGACCUCCUUAACUUCACCUAUCGUCGGGGGUGGUACGUUGUCGUUGUUCACUGCACUAGUGUAGUCCUCCUCAACGCCGUCUUGGUCUCCUGUCUGUGCGCUGUUCAGGUGUUCUUCGAAGUGCUGGCUCCACCUUCCAAUCACCUCGCGUUUGUUUGUCAAGAUGCCUCCUUCCUUGUUCCUGCACAUUUUGGCCCACGGCACAAGGUCUUUGUGCGAGUCGUUUAGUUUUUUGAAGAACUUCCGCGAUUUUCGAGAACGAUAAAGCAGCUUCAUCUCCUGAAACACUUUCUCUUCCUGGCGACCAUUCAUUCUGUUGUCCAUUUUGUUCAUACUCGAUGACGGUCUCUGCUGUGCUGCUUAUUGCUGCUUUCAGGGUGUUCCAGCAUGCAUCGAGAGGAGCAGCAUCAAAUUCGUCUACCCCCGGUAAUGCAGCCUCAAAACGCUACGAAUAUGUUGCAGCAACUUUCGGCUCCUACAGUCGUCGUAGCAGUUUGACCAUCACUAGGUGGUGGUCUGAAUCUACGUUAGCGCCACGAUAGGUUCGAUGAUAUCUGAGAAGUACAGAGUAGGAACCCCACUUUUACUCAAAUAUUAUUCAUGAAAUUUUGACAGGGCGUAUCAAAAAGGUAUAUACUUUUUUCAAAUCAAGUAGCUUUUAAAAAUAGUACCACUAAAAUUUCCUAUUUUUUAAACUCCUAUUCACUAUUAAUUCAUAUCGCAACACAAAAACUUACACAUUCAAUGAUUCCGAACGAAAAAAUGCGAAUGUUUCUGGAAGAUAUUAUCCUUUGUAGACACUUAACCAACAAAUAAAAAAUCUAAAAGGCGAUCAUCGGAGAGGAAUGUCAAUUAAUACGCAGAUUUGAAACGGAAAACGAGAUAAUCGCAUCGCCAAGAAAAUUUCACAGGCUAGCUUGCACGACAGAAAACGACAAAAAAACGUUAAAGACACCAAUUUCUUACCAAGAUCAAAGUUUCGUAAGUUCUUUUUAACUACAAAUAGUACUGUAUAUUAAUACGGAAGAAGAUAUUGAAUAAUAUUGAUCAAAGCAAAUAAUCCUCGUAGAUGUUUCUAUUGAAUCAAUCGAGUCAACAUGAAUCGUACAAGCACACAGCUCUCGAUGAAACUGAAAUGCCAAAAAAAAACAGUAAAUUGGCUACGAAGCAGUUUCAUCGUUGGAAUGGAACCAUCAGAACGAUAAACAAGCAUGGAAACGGAAUGCCGGUUCAUAUAACAAGUUGCGAUGAUAGAUUAAAGUAUAUUCUCGUAUUUUAGAAUUAAGAUUGAAUCAGUGUUGGUAAAUAUCUCAUGAAAACAUUAACAAAAUAUUCAGAUCAAACCAUUUAGUAUAUGUCAAACAAGGGUGCAGUUCUUCUCCGAAACCAUUUAGAAUUAUAUACAAAAAUGAGUAGUAAAAGAUUUGGCACAAAGUGGAAUGCUAAAAAACGAUGCAUGAUUACAGCAAAACAGAAAGAAAUUUGUGAUGUCAGCAAAGGUUACUCGUUGUUUCAUACUACAAAAAAACGGGAUCCUAAAACUGGAACUUCCCUGACUCUCGUUUUUCCGUACUUGUUGAAAAUGAUGAUGUAUAACAACCGUUUACUCUACAUAUUUGUUCGAUAACAAGUUUGACCAAACUAUUUUCUGUUACAAGAGAAAGCAAGUGAGCCAUCCUCCAGGCUCCGAUAAGAACUGUUUCCAAUUUUUUUCAUAUGGCUGCCGUUCGAGAUUGGUGCAUGUGGAAAACAUAGGAUUGUGAAUCGAAAAGGAACUUCGGAGUUGCUAUUGACUACUAUUCUUACUCUGUAAUCUUUAUCCUUGUCGCCUGCAUAAGGAAUUAGCCUCAUUACUGGAAUGUUGUAACGAAGUAAAAGAAGUAUAGCAGAACAAAUUGACACACGAUGAAUGUUUGGGAAUGUUAACGUUAAUCGGUAAAGAUUAUUCUAUUACGAUGAAAACAAUGGUAGAGUCUAGCAUAGUGCAACAAUUUACUGAAACAGUUGGUAGAAAUAG